AUGAAUUUUCUAAGAUCCAACCGAGUUGCACUAAAAGGUGUAGUUGCUCGAGUCUUAUCUAUGAACAAGGUUGGGAUCAAGACUUCCAAUAUAAUGUCUCAUAUCGCAUUACAAUCCGGAGGAUAUGAAAAUGUCCAUUUUCAAUUGAAAUAUGUUUACAACAAGGUUUUUGAACAAAGAAGAACAUAUGGUUCAGAAACUGAUGCGGAAGGUGCUCUUGGUUAUUUUGAUGCUGCCACAAGAUCAGAUCCGUUCCUAUUUGUGGAUUUUCAAGUGGAUGAGGAAAAUAGGAGAGACCAUGCUGCCUUUGGUGACGUACCUGGUUUUGAUAUGACCUACAGAACUAACAAAUACAACAAACCUUUGAUUAUCCUACUUAGGGUCAACAAUCACUUCGACAUUGCGUUUUUGGGUUCGGUCUACUCCUUCAUGAGAAGGGAGACAAAUUUCAUUGGAUGUUGCAGAAGUCCCUCCAAUGUAUGA